GCCGUGGCAGCCGCGAUGCCGUCGAGCUGAUGGCUCCGUUCGUCUGGUUGCUGGCGGCUUGCUGCCUCCGGGCCGUCGCCGCUGGCAAUCCUGACGCGAAACGCCUCUACGAUGACCUAUUAUCGAACUACAAUAAACUAGUUCGCCCCGUCGUCAACACUACUGACGUGCUGCGGGUUUGCAUCAAGCUGAAACUGAGCCAGCUUAUCGAUGUUAACCUGAAGAACCAGAUAAUGACCACAAACCUAUGGGUGGAGCAGUCCUGGUAUGACUACAAACUGCGUUGGGAGCCCAAGGAGUACGGUGGGGUCCACAUGCUGCAUGUACCAUCAGACCACAUAUGGCGGCCGGACAUCGUCCUUUAUAACAAUGCGGACGGCAACUUCGAGGUAACGUUGGCGACGAAGGCGACCAUCUACCACCAGGGGCUGGUCGAAUGGAAACCCCCCGCCAUUUACAAGUCUUCCUGCGAAAUUGACGUCGAAUAUUUUCCGUUCGACGAGCAAACGUGCGUCCUUAAGUUCGGUAGCUGGACGUACGACGGAUUCAAGGUGGACCUGCGACACAUGGACGAACAAGCGGGCAGUAAUAUUGUGUCCGUGGGCGUGGACCUCUCCGAGUUCUACAUGUCCGUCGAGUGGGACAUACUCGAAGUGCCUGCAGUGCGGAACGAAAAGUUCUACACGUGUUGUGACGAGCCAUAUCUCGACAUAACAUUCAACAUCACCAUGAGGCGGAAGACCCUCUUCUACACGGUGAACAUCAUAAUACCCUGCAUGGGGAUCUCGUUCCUGACCGUCCUUACCUUCUACUUGCCCUCAGAUAGCGGGGAAAAGGUGACAUUAUCUAUAUCGAUACUUAUCAGCCUCCACGUUUUCUUCCUGCUGGUGGUAGAGAUUAUUCCACCCACCUCGCUUGUCGUGCCACUGUUGGGGAAAUAUCUCAUUUUCGCCAUGAUUCUGGUAUCAAUAAGUAUAUGCGUGACAGUGGUGGUGCUGAACGUCCACUUCAGGUCGCCGCAGACCCACCGCAUGGCGCCCUGGGUGAAACGCGUGUUCAUCCACAUUCUACCACGGCUGCUGUUCAUGAAGCGACCGCAGUAUAAGUUUGAUACUACGAGAUCGCGUUUCACAACAUGCGGCGUGGUGGUCCGCUGCGGGGGCACUGCGCGGCCCCUAUACCCGUACAGGCUAGCAGCGGCAGAUGACGACUGCUGCGCGCCGGGCGCGUGGCCACCGCCCGCGACGCCGCUGCGCCCGCUCACCCGCACGCCCAGCAAGGAAGAUCUCACGCACACUACAUAUGUGCAUUCAGGUAUAAGCGACAGCAACCGUUUCGGCGGCAGCUGCGUGGUGCACGGGUCGAGCGAGGGCGGCGCGCUGGGGUCGGGCGUGGGAACGGGCGCGGGGCUGGGCGUGGGGCUGGGCGUGGGGCUGGGCGCGGGGCCGGCCGGCUCGCCCGACGACGACGCGCUCAGCCCCGUGCCCGACCCGCCCGGCUUCAGCCACUCCGCCUGCCCGCCCGAAGUGCACAAGACGUGCUUCUGUGUGCGCUUCAUCGCUGACCAUACGAGGAUGCUCGAGGAUUCUACUAAGGUAAAAGAAGACUGGAAGUACGUAGCCAUGGUGCUAGACCGCCUGUUCCUGUGGAUAUUCACGCUGGCGGUGCUGGUGGGCACGGCGGGCAUCAUCCUGCAGGCGCCCACGCUGUACGACGACCGCGUGCCCAUCGACAAGCACUUCAACCAGAUCGCGACCUCCUCGCUCGUGCGCUGCCCCCCGCCGAACUAGACCAGACCCUAGACACCACGGAGCAUGGAACACUCAUUACUACGAAAUGUACAGAACGUACCUUGGAGCAGAGACUAUAGACCAGGAAUUAUAUGCCGCUGUCGACCAUAGACCACAGACCAUAAAGCAGAGAGCAUAGAGGUGGAGAAUCGUUUGCACGUAUCCUUAUGUGAAUAAUUGAUUCAUGGACAUAUUUAUAUAUGUAUGCGUAUUAUAUGUCGUAUUAUGAAGUUUUCAAUCAUUAAUACGUUCAAUGGUGUUCAAAGAUUACUCGUAAUAAUACCUAAUCGAACGAGAUUAAUUUCUUGAGAUUUAAAUCUCAGAAGCUCUAUCAACUCUUCUUCAUCUCAUCUCCAUGGGCAAUAUAGUGAAACAAACAUUCUACUUCGGAAAUUGUUAAUGCAAGUUAUAUUAAUAUAACAAAUUUAAUGAUCGUACAAUUUGUCCAUCAACGUCAUAGAAUAAUUAGAAAAUUUUGCCCUUUAUUUAUUUAAAUUUUUAUUUUAUUGUCUCAAAAUCAUUAUCAAUUUUUUCCGUCGAAUAUCUUAAUGUCCAAAUUUUAAUCUGUGUAUUUUUAUUGUUUUAUUUAAAAAUAAAAGA